UUACCUCUGGAUCCUCUUCUUCCACUGUUCUGCUCAGGAUUGUAUCUAUCUCGAACUGAACCAUCUUAUUGCAUCAGACAGCCUCAGCAUGAGUGCCAAACUGUGGACAGAGGAGCAGUUUAACUGUCCUGUGUGUCUGGACCUCCCAAAUGAUCCAGUAACCAUCCCUUGUGGGCACAGCUACUGCAUGGCCUGCAUCAAGGACUACUGGAGCAAGAACGAUCCCAAGGGCGUCUACAGCUGCCCACAAUGCCGAAAGUCCUUCAGUCCCAAGCCCUCCUUGUCGAAAAACACCAUGCUGGCUGAGGCUGUAGAGCAGCUCCGCAAAGGGGCCCAUAUAGCUGAUGUUCGUGCCUCUAUGCGAAGCGGAACUGGCGUUGCCUCAUCCAAAACCAAAAGGAAACUCUCUUCCUCUGCAGUGUUAUGCGACAUGUGCAAAGGAGAACAGCGAGCAGCGGUCAAGAGCUGCCUGGUGUGCAUGAGUUCAUUCUGCGAAGCCCACCUGAAGCCCCACAAGACCAAGAAGUCCCUGAGUAAGCACGAGCUGAUAGCACCCACAAGCAACCUGGCUGAGAAGAUCUGCGCAGAGCACAAAUACCUGCAAGAGUUCUUCUGUCGCCAGUGUAAAAUGUUCGUCUGCUGGCUGUGCACCAGCAACCAGCACAAAGGCCACGAGUGUGUGUCCACCAAGGUUGAGCGUUUGGAGAAGCAGAAAUUGAUGUCAGAGAUGCAGACAGAGAAUACGCAGAGACUGAAGGAGAGAGAGCAGGAGCUGAAAGACAUGAAGAAGAUGAUGGAGGUGACGAAGCGUUCUUCAGACAUGGUCCAUGAGGACACUGAACAGGUGCUGUCGGAGCUGCAGCGUUCAGUGGAGCGUCUGCAGGAGCUUCUUGAAGAAGUUCUGGAUCAAGCCAGCAUGCAGAAGAUGGGCCAAGCUCAGGAAGUCACUGACACUUUGGAGGCGGAGGUCAAAGAGCUCAGGACGAGAGACAAGGAGAUGAAGGACUUGUUACGCUGUGAGGACAACAUCUACUACCUAGAG